GUCACGUGACCCGCCACUUACAGUAAAACACCCAAUAUGGCAGAGAUGGCUGUUCUUGCACGAUAAGUAACUAAAAGCAGCAUUUCCACUCGGAACUGUACCGCUCUCUGCCGUUCGCUCGGUUUUUCGGGACCCCGGUCGCCACCAUGAGGGAAAGGCAGAAGAAGAAAAAGGGGAGGACGUGGGCAGAGGCGGCCAAAACGGUACUUGAGAAGUACCCUAACACACCCAUGAGUCAUAAAGAGAUUCUACAGGUGAUUCAGCGAGAACGACUCAAGGAGAUAAGUGGGACGUCCCCCCUUGCCUGCCUCAAUGCCAUGCUCCACACGAACUCGCGGGGUGAGGAGGGAAUUUUCUACAAAGUCCCUGGUCGAAUGGGAGUCUAUACACUGAAGAAGGACAUUGCAGAUGUGGUGAAAGAACUAUCAGAGGAGGCUUCUGAGGACAGCAGUGAUAACAUGUCAGACACUCGAAGCACAGAAAACAACAGCGCCAGCAGCAAAGAGGGCCGCAGAGGAAGGUGGAAAAGAAGAGGGCCAGCAAAAUUGCAGUCACAGCCAUCUUCUCCACAGUCUCGAUGCUCUUCUCCCUCAGUCUCUAGCAGCAAGCUCAUCUCUUCAUCCCAGAAACAUAGCAAGAAGGCACUAAAACAGGCUCUGAAACAACAGCAGCAAAGGAAUCAGCGUCGUCAGUGUGGAAUUUCCGCAGCUUCUAACCCCCGACUGCUUCUAAAAACUGUUAAAGACAUGGCUGAUUCAGCAUCCUCCAAAUCCGGCUGGGAAUUGAAACAAUCAGAGCGCUGCCCUGCCAGUCCUCAGAACUCCACUUCCAGUUCCUCCUCCUCCUCUGUCAAAGCAGAUGUGUGCCACACCGCUGGUGCCAGGAAGAUAGCUCAGCGUUCCAGUCGGCUCAGUGACCGUCAGCUGAGACGAUCCAGGUGUGAGAUUGAUGUGGAGACGCCUGAUUCUAUCUUGGUCAACACUAACCUACGGGCCCUAAUCAACAAGCACAAUUUUUCCCAGUUGCCCACAGAUUGUCAACAGAAGCUCUUAAAGUUACUGCCAGAAAUUGACCAGCAGUCUUGCAUGGAUGGAGUCCUGAGGGUAACAAGUUCUGCUUUGAACAAUGAGUUUUUCACGUCUGCAGCACAGUCUUGGAAAGAGCGCCUGGCUGAAGGCGAGUUCACUCCUGAGUUGAGACUAAGAAUGCGACAAGAGAUUGAAAAAGAGAAGAAGGUAGAACAGUGGAAAGAGCACUUUUUUGAAAGCUACUAUGGUGAACAUUCUGGACUAAGCAUUGAGGAAUCCAGAAGGCUGACAGAUACUGAAAGCUCUUCUGCACCAGCAGAACACAUAAAUCGAUCUGCAAGAUCAGAGACUAGCACAGAAGAACAGAAGCCAAGGCACACUGUUGAGAUUUGCCAUAAAGAGCUGAGAUCCAGAGAGGUGAAAACAGCUGUACUUGUAAGCCAUUCUCAGCAAGAGUCCACACCUAAAGAAUCAGUUGCUGCCAGUCAGAUGGUGUCAAAUCAACCCCUGACAUCUCAAGACACAAACGUUGCAUCUUCAGCACACGAGGAGAAGUCUACAGUAGCUGCAGUAAAAACAGAACCUGUAACAUCAAUCGCAACAAAUACAAACGUCCAAGUAAGUGAGGAAAAGUCUAAUACACCAAAGCCUUGUCAGGAAGCUGUAAGUACCUGUUCUAACAGAAAGGACACAUUGGAGGUUAAAUCUGUAAAAGCUGAGGGAACUGUACCACCAAAUUCUGUUGUGACUGUCGAGUCCAUGAAAAGGAAAGUCUUUAGUGAAGAAGAAAUAGCAGAGAAAAAACCUCGCAUCUCCCCACCAGAAGGGUUGCCCCCAGCAACAGCUUCCUCAGUAACGGUACAACAGAGAGUACCUCCACUUAAAAUCCCUGUGUCGCGAAUCGUCCCUGCCCCCUCCACUGCAGGCCAGGUUUCUCCAAGGACUCCCUUGACUCCACAUCCCUUGACUCCGCAUCCUUUGACGCCCCCCAGCAUCCGCCCUGGAUGCACAGGUGCACGCACUUUAGCCGACAUCAAAGCUAAAGCCAAGUUAGCUCGGGAACAGCGUGCCGCAGCAGCUGCGGCAGCAGCAGGAGGCUCAAAAUCCAGAGGAGCCACUUCAGGACCUGGCUCAGCUGGAGGUGCUUCCACGCCCUCUCCAGCACGGUCCCUGUCAGAAGAAUUUUCACCAGCAAGCAGUAGAAGCCAAUCGGUAUCACCAGUAAAAAUUAGCUCAGUUUCUCCUGCCCCUGAGAGCACACAAAGUUCUCCCUUCUCAGGUGCUACUGUGCAGACAGACUCUCUUUAUACUCAAAAUUUCAGUCCAAAUCAAUUGUUUUUGAGGGAAAACAGACCUUUAAUGGGUUCCCAGAUGUCUCGGUGUGCAUCAAAUCAAUUUUUCAAUGAUCACCGACCUGUGUCAGCAGGUGGGAUGCAGUUACCACCGUCGAAUGCACUGGCUGCAAGUCAGAGAGCACAAGAAGCAUUUAUGUCAGGGAACUCCAUGACCAAAUCUCACUCCUUGAUUCCUGCCAACAAUCCUCUGGUCACUCAGCUCCUUCAAGGUAAAGACGUUCCCCUUGAGAAAAUUCUUCCAAAGCCACUUGCCAAGAUGGAGGUGCCCUCUGUAACCACUUCAGUACAAGGUCAAGGGAACUUGGACAUUCCCACAAAAAGAUUAGGUAGGGAGAAUCUUGUGGACACAGAAGACAUUAGCAGAGCAAGGUUGCAGACUUCUUCAAGUGUACCUCUGACUUCAGGCAGACCUGGAAUCAGAGUGGACAAACUAGACAAGGACACUCAGGAGCAGAUCAUCCAUGUACUGAGGCACAGAAGCCAGCAGAGGCAGAUCCCCAUGUCAGUGCCUCAGCCAUCUCACUUGGAACCCUACCAGCUAGGCUAUCCAGACAGUUGUAAUAACCAACCAAGGUUCCAUCCAGAUCACUUUGGAAGAAAGAGGGUGGCCAAACCUGCCAUGACAGGACACUACCUCCUCAAUAUCUCCACUUACGGCAGAGGGUCUGAGAGCAGCAAACGGCCCCAUCUGGCCAACCUGAAGCGAGAAAAUGUGGAAGUAGAGGAAAAAGAAGGGGUAGAAUUGAGAGGAGGCCCUCAGGCUUCUUCAGGACUUUCUAACCCUCCUGGGGUUAAAGACGAACAGCAGGGAUAUCUAAUCAUGAGACCAGACGACGCAGGAGGAUAUCAAAACUGUCCUCAAGUAAAGUUGGAGUCUCCGUUACUUGGUGGUUUGUCCAGUACUGGAGAAGGUUGCACUUCUACAAGAACCAAAGAAGCAUCUCUGAGAACGCAUCUAGAUGUCUGCAGUGGCAAACAGGGUAACUCAGGGCCAUAUCAGUUGAGCGACUGUCACCCACAUGUGACAUCCUUCCAGCCACAGAAAUCACAUGACGAGCAAGAACCUGUGCUUGGUACUUUUUAUGGUGGCACCAUCAGCAUGUCCGUGCCUCACUCGUUAAAUAACAGCCUGGCCAACACCAGCUCUUCUCCUACAGUCACUUGCAGUAGCGAGAGUGCCAAUGGGGGGAUGAUGUCUUUCUCUGUGACCGUCACUGCCAUACCUGCUGGUCACCUCCUAGACCAGAGUAAGGGUGAAACCUCACCAGAGCAGGCCUUUAUAGAAGCUUCGGGAAUGGAAGACGUCCAGUCAAAGUGCUACUGUCGACUAAAGGCCAUGAUCAUGUGCAAGGGAUGUGGGGCCUUCUGUCACGAUGACUGCAUUGGGCCCUCCAAGCUGUGUGUCUCAUGUCUGGUGGUACGAUAGUGCUGAAGAGGAUAAAAUAGUGACUGGUGAUCACGAUUAUAAAUAUCUGGAAGAUUCACUCAAGUUGAGAGUAUAGUAUAGAGGGUUUGUGAAUUUUCCGCUCAGCGUUGAAGUUCUCACUGUGGUUAUGUGUUCAUAUAUAAUUAUUUUCAUACAGGAGUCAAGCUUUCAUGCUGUUUUGAUAGAGUUAAAAAAAUAGAGGUUCAUGUACAUAAUUUGUGCAAUGCAGAGUAAAACUUCCUCUCAGUCAGUUUACUGUAAAGUCAGCACCUUGUUCUAGAUGCAAGACUCGUUGAGUAGUGGCAAUAUGUAAACGCUGAUCAUAUUCUGUAAUAUUUUUGUAUCAAAGUUUUAGAAAUGAAAGUAACCAUAUACUACUAUUUUUGUAGAUGUGAAGAUCACAACCUUCCCUUCUUUUAACUGUAAUUUCUUAAGAAACUAAGCAAAAACAAAUACAGUGCGCCUUGUUGGAUCCGUAACAAUAAUAAUUAAGACGUACUUACCCAGCAGGUCAUUUUAAGUCUUGAGGAAAAAAAAAAAAAUCAC